ACUAUGCAUUGGCGCGAAAGAGAACGUGGCUGUUUUCGCCUUGUUUCAUCGGUGACGCAAGGCUGCUUCUCGAAUAAUCCCAAUUGCAUUGUUCGAUUCUAUCACUCUACGUCUUUAUAUACACAUUUAAAAUUGCGACUCCGUGUCUGCCGCGUGCACGACUGACGUAUCGAACACACACACUGACGCCACGAUGUUAAUUGUCAGAACAAAGGAGAGAAUGACCAAUCUUAUUGUUAGGAAAUAUUCCCGCGUCUCGUCCCUCUCUCCGUCCUGCUCAUUCUUACAAUUAGAUUUAUUUUUUGUAUAACUAAACUUCUUGCACUGUUUAUUACAAUAUAUACAUCUAUUUUGUUGUAAACAAACUUGUCUGUUUCUAAUUUCUGCUAAAUCUGUUAAAAAUGCCCAAUUAUAGCUAAUACAGCUUGAUAUAUAAAUUGAUAUAACAUUUUGUAAUUCUAUCUUGUAAAUUUGCAUAAUGCACAGAAAGGUCAAUUAUCGCAUCAUAUGUGGCAGCUUUCAUGUUAAACACGUGAUUGGUUAUUCCUCAAGUCAGCUGUGCGAGACGGGACGGACGGGACAGAAUGUACUUGGUCAAAAUUUUAUAGGUUAACUUCUACAUCGAAUGUUGCAAAACAUUACAUCGUCCGUGGUAAACAAAGUACAAAAAUAAAAUUCGCCAGCGAGCGCCAGUGGCUGCCGAAAGUGCCAAACAAUACUUAGGAGGAAAAAAAUAUGUUGAGUAGCAUAAAACAUUCGCUGAGAUACAAUCCGAAUAAAUUAGGUUGUCAAUUGCUGGCGUGCUUCUCGACGGAAACGACGCUCAAGAGCAACCUGACGCAGCGAGAAUACACCCGAGGUGCUUACCCGCACGCGUGCGGGCAACCGACGUCGACGACGCAUCCGCACUUGAUAAAGCGCGGCGAGGUGCUGCCAGGUGUAUCGCUGCAGGAGCUCAAGAGAAGACGUUCCAAGUUAGUGGAGAGCGUCAUGGCGAACGCCAAGAACGUGGCGGGCAGGCAGCAAAUAGUCGUCAUACCUGCGUCGAGCAAGGUCUACAUGUCCGACAAGAUACCGUACGUCUUUCGACAAAACACGGACUUUUUGUACUUCUCCGGGUGCCAGGAGCCCGACAGUGUUCUCGUGCUCGCGUGCAAGGGGGACGAGUCGUCGUACACCCUAUUCGUGAGAGCGAGGGACGAACACUCGGAAUUGUGGGACGGCCCGAGGACCGGCGUUGAGAUGGCGACCGAGGUCUUCGGCACGGAUCGCGCGCUGCCGAUCGCGGAAUUCGAGCAGUUCCUGGCCUCGCUCGUGCAGCAGGACAGCAGCAGCGUCGUAUGGUACGAUCACGCGGACGUUGUUCAACCGGCGUUGCACAAGAAGCUGUGUCACCUGAUCAAACUGACGAACAAUCAAACGUUUGCUUCCCCCAAGAUCUUGUUUCACCAGAUACGCCUGAUCAAGAGCGCCUGCGAGGCCGACUUGAUGCGGGAGAGCUGCAGAAUCGCCUCGGACGCCAUCGCGAGAACGAUUCGUUUCUCAAAGCCGGGGAUGAGCGAGCACCAGUUGUUCGCCACCGUCGACUACGAGUGUCGUAUGCGCGGAGCGGAAUACCUGGCGUAUCCCCCCGUGGUAGCGGCUGGCAGGAAUGCGAACAUAAUACACUAUAUCAAUAACAAUCAAAUUAUACAAAGCGGCGAUUUGGUCUUGAUGGAUGUAGGCUGCGAGUAUCACGGCUACUCGUCCGACAUAACGCGUACGUGGCCAGUCAACGGUAAAUUUACGCCGGAGCAAAAGGUCCUCUACGAAAUAGUGCUCGACGUGCAGAAGAACUUGAUAGAGAGCCUGAGGAAGAUGCCGUCGUUGGACAACGCGUUCCGUCACAUGUGCCUUCUGCUGGGCGAAAGAUUGCAGGAGAUUAACGUGAUACCGAAGAACAUGGACGAGGACAAAUUAUUGGCGGCCGCGUACGCGUACUGUCCGCAUCACGUCAGUCAUUAUCUCGGAAUGGACGUGCACGACACGGGAAAGAUAUCCAGAAGCAUAAGGAUACAGCCUGGGAUGAUAAUAACGAUGGAACCCGGCGUGUACAUAAGUCCGAAGACUCCUUACGCACCGUCGCACUUUCACGGCUUAGGCAUCCGUAUAGAGGACGAUGUUUUAAUAACGGAAAACGGCCCGGAAGUCUUAACGAAAACCUGUCCGAAGGAGCUGGCGGAGAUCGAAGCUCUAGCAAGCUGAAAGUGAGGGACGUUUAAUAGUGAUUAAUACAAGCAUUCAGUGUACAGUAAGGCAAUAUGCUCCUAUUU